GGGGCAAACGAGAUCAAUGCCAAAUUUCAAAACAAACGAGCGCGAAAAAGCGGAACAAGCAAGACUGCCACUGCUACGAGUGGCCUGUUCGAGGACAUAAACAAAGGUGCUGGUCAGUGUGGUUUUGGUAGAAGGCGUAGAAGGGAAACACUUGUUCGCGAACGAGACCGUCGCCGCCGGCAGCUAGCCGAUAGCUUAUGAGGGUUCUGCUUCGUCUGUUCCAGCAGCAGCAGCAGCAGCACGCCAAACUACUAGCAGCACCGUCGGGCGGGUUGUUCCGGUGGCGCCAAGCAACAGCAGCAGCAGCAGCACCAGUGACAGCGGCGCUCGUAGCGAUUUCCGGCAUCCGAAUGGCCGCCUCAGAGGAGCGCACCUAUCCGACCACCUUGGAGGGGUUCGGCUACGGGUUCAAUGAAGAAGGAAAGCUGCGCCAGCUUGACAAAGACACGGGCAAGCUGACGGAUCGCGUCUUCGACUAUCAGGUGUACACGUCGCUGUCGGAGAAUCAGGCCCACUACGAGGCGCUCGGCGACGUCAUCACGCAGUACGUCUACGAGCGGCUGGAGGAAAAGGAAGGCCUGAAGAAGCUGUACGUGCCGGCCGAUGUGCCCCCCGAGGAGGCCACGUUCGUGUUUAGCACGGUGGAAAAGUUGGACCGGCCGAAGAAGCUGCUCGUGCUGAUACAUGGCAGCGGCGUGGUCCGGGCCGGCCAGUGGGCCCGCAGCCUCAUCAUCAACGAUUGUCUCGAUUCGGGCACGCAAAUCCCGUACAUCCGGCGGGGCCGCGAGCUGGGCUACGAGGUGCUGCUGCUCAACACGAACGACAACUAUCGCACGGUGAAGGGAGCGCGGAAGCCGAUCCGUGGCAGCCGCAACCCGACCGAGCACGCCGCCACCGUGCUGGAGCAGUACAUUCUGGCCAGCCGGCCCGAAUCGGUCGCGAUCGUCGCGCACAGCUACGGUGGUGUGGUAACGGUCGAGCUGGCGCAACGAUUUCCGGACUUUUUCCGCGACAAAGUGUUUGCGGUCGGGUUUACCGACAGUGUCCACGCGAGUUCGCUCGUGCCGGACGCGUUGAAAAAGAUUGGCCGCAAUUGGGUGACGGCUAAGGAUCCACUCGACACCCCGCUGACAAUCACCAAGCACGAUAUUCCCCGACACUCGGCCGGCCAUAUCAAACACGAGAUGACAUCGUACAGUUGCAUGAGUGCACUUUUCGAGUUUCUCGAGAGCCGUUACGCGGAGUUUCGGACCAACCGGGGCGAAGAACCGCGUUCGAAGAAGGCAAAGGGUGACGAGCUGUAAGUGCCUGCCCGUGGAACACUGGUCCGUUCCGGGUGGAAUAAGAAUAAAGUUUACGAAAUGAAA